AUGGGAGACUACUCUACAAAAGAAGAUACAUUUGACCAAGUAGUAACUACACCUUUGAAUAGCAUGUCAGAGCAAGAAAGUGCAAGAGGUCGUUCACCAGCUCCGGAUUUGGUGAACGAAGACCUUUGGGAUAAAGGUCCAACUAAGAUUGAAACAACGGUGCGUUUGCCCACUAGAAUAACUGGUGCAUUAACGCAUGAACAGCUCACAGUUUAUCAGUCGAUAUUUAGAAUCCAAGAAAUAACCAUGAAGUUACUCACGAACGAUAUUGUGCCACCAAAGAGGAAGAAUAGAUCACCUUCUCCUCCUCCAUCUUAUGAUCAGCAGGGGAAGAGAACUAACACUGCCGAACAAAGAUAUAGAAGGAAAUUGGAAGAGGAAAGAAAUAGAUUAGUUCAACUCUCAGAGAAGACAAUGCCUGGGUUUGUAGCACCUUCUGGCUACGUGAAAAUUACCAGAUUUCAAGACAAGUAUUACAUUCCUGUGGAACAAUAUCCAACUGUCAAUUUUGUUGGGUUGCUUUUAGGCCCUCGUGGGAACACCUUGAAGAAGUUGCAAGAAGAUUCUGGGUGCAAGAUUGCCAUAAGAGGACGAGGUUCAGUUAAGGAAGGGAAGAAUUCAAAUGACCUUCCUAAGGGAGCUAUGGAUAUGUCUGAUCCAUUACAUUGUGUAAUCAUUGCAGAUUCAGAAGAAAAAAUAGAAAAGGGUAUCAAAUGUUGUCAAGCAGUUGUUAUCAAAGCUGUCACGUCACCGGAGGGACAAAAUGAUUUAAAGAGAGGUCAACUUAGAGAACUUGCUGAACUUAAUGGGACUUUAAGAGAAGAUAAUAGACCAUGCCCAAUAUGUGGGCUACAAGGACAUAAAAGAUACGAUUGUCCAAACAAGGAAACGUUUGCACAAAUGAUAGUAUGUAGAAAAUGUGGCCAGACAGGUCAUACUACCCGUGAUUGCACAUUUACCACACAACCACCACAACACUUUCCACCGUCGACUAAUGCUAGUUACAAUAGCAAUAGCCGAUAUAGUAAUUACACUGACAGUCAAAAUGAUCUAAAACGAAGACGUACUGAUUCAAGAUUCCAACCCAAUACUCCAAGUGGUGGUUAUUCACGCGGAGAGCCAACACAAUCUAGAUACAACAGUAAUGGUGAGUUUCAAAGAUCAUCACCUCACAAUUUCAAUAGACCAAUAUCCAGUGGAAGAUAUAAUAAUGUACAAGCGAAUAAUAACACACCUUUGAACAUGUUACCACCGGGAAUCCAAACUACUAACAUUCCAUAUGGAAGUACAAGAACACCAACCCCUCCAGCCCAAAUGCCGCAAUACACACCUACCUCUAAUUAUGGGGGGGUUCAAACAACUAUGGGCUCGAUGCCACCGGGGCUGGACUUAAAUGCCCCCCCUGGGUUAUCACCACUACCAGGCCUAAACACCUCUAUAGCUGGACCACCUGGUUUACCGGGACAAUCUGCACCGGGCGUAAGACCUCCACCUGGGAUAUCAGGCCCACCAGGACAAUCUCCUCAAAAUUCAACUCCUCCACCAGGGCUAUCGGGACCUCCAGGGUUAUAA